GCUACCGAGCCGAGCCACUACUUCGACGCGAGUCUGUGCAGUGGACCGCCGCCGCCCCCUCCACCGCCACGCCAACCUAACCUCACCGAAGUAGAUCGCAGCACCGCCUUCGCUUCCCGCGCCUAUAGCACUCCCGGACCUCCCGGACCAACUAGUGCCACACUCCGUCCAUCGUCCAUCCCAGCCGCCGUCAUGCGUGAACUCAAGAACGGACAGACAUCCGACUCGACCGUCAUGGUGGUCAAGAAGACCGAAUCGGAGACCGGAAGCCACGAGAAGUGCACCUUCCACCACGACCUGGAGCUGGACCACAGGCCGCCCACCAGGGAGGCCCUGCUGCCCGACAUGUCGAGGAGCUACCGCCUGCUGCUGUCCUCGCUGGGCGAGAACCCCGACCGCCAGGGCCUCAUCAAGACCCCCGAGAGGGCCGCUAAGGCCAUGCUCUUCUUCACCAAGGGCUACGACCAGAGCCUCGAGGAGGUCCUGAACGACGCCGUGUUCGACGAGGACCACGACGAGAUGGUGGUCGUCAAGGACAUCGAGAUGUUCUCCAUGUGCGAGCACCACCUGGUGCCCUUCUACGGCAAGGUGUCCAUCGGCUACCUGCCCCAGAAGAAGAUCCUGGGUCUCAGCAAGCUGGCUAGGAUCGUGGAGAUCUACAGCAGGCGACUCCAAGUGCAAGAGCGCCUCACCAAGCAGAUCGCCAUCGCCGUGACCAAGGCCGUGCAGCCUGCUGGCGUGGCCGUCGUCGUGGAGGGAGUGCACAUGUGCAUGGUGAUGCGCGGCGUGCAGAAGAUCAACAGCAAAACCGUCACCUCCACCAUGCUGGGCGUGUUCCGGGAUGACCCCAAGACGCGCGAGGAGUUCCUCAACCUGGUGCACUCCAAGUAGGCCGAGCC